AUGAUAGGAAUAGGUAAAUGGAAAAUUAUUGCAAUCGUCGGUGCGGUGCUAUUGGUGGUAGCCGCCGUCGCCGUGGGGCGCAUCGUAUUUACAAACUCAGAGGGAAGAGACGGUGCUGAAAUGCUAGCGGUAAAGACCGCAGCGGUUGAACGGGGCGACAUUGCCGUAAUAAUCGACGCGACAGGCACUAUCAAGCCGUUAAAUAUUGUUGAAGUCAGUUCAAAAGCCAGCGGAAAGAUUCUGGACCUUAGGGUUGACGCAGGUGAUUACGUCGAGAAGGAUGAAAUCAUUGCGGUCAUCGAAACGACCUAUGUGCAGAUUAGUUUGGAUCAGGCGCAAGCGGAUCUGAGGACCGCGCAAGCGCGUUUGCAACAGGCAGAGAUCGACUUUGAACUCCAGAAGGUGCAGUCGGCAAUCCAGAUUCGUCAGGCGGAGGAAUCUCUCUCUGAAGCGAGGCAACGGCUCGUCCAGCUCAAGGAAGCGAUUCGCCUUGAAAAGACAGCGAAUGCGCGCGGCAUACUGGAUGCCGAAAAUAGCCUCAAUAUCUCCAGAAUUCGGUAUAAAUUGCUUACCUCUGGUGAGGUGCGAGACGAAAAUAAAAGCCGCGCACAAGCCUCAUUGAAUCAGGAAAUAGCAAAUUUGGAUUUGGUAAUAUCAGAGCAUAAAAGGAAUCAGACACUUUACGAAAAAGAACUCAUUUCACAAGCGGCAUUAGAAUCUUCACAUGCACAACUUAAAUCGGCGGAAGCACGGCAUCAGUCUGCCAUUGAAAACCUGAGACUGGUUGAGAAACCUGCCACUGAGGCUGAACUUGAAUUGGGACAAGCCGAUAUUAGAAAGGCGGAAUUUAACCUUGAAAUCGCCAAUGAAAGAGUAGAAGCUGAAGCCACACGAGACAUGGAUAUUCAACUUCAACAGCAACGGAUUGUACAAGCCGAAGAGUCUUUGAAACUCGCAGAAUCGAAUAAGAAGCAAAUUGAGCGUAAACAACGCGAUCUGGAGACUGCACGCUCAUCGGUCAAACGCAGUGAAACGCAGCUGGAACUCCGUCAAAUUGAGUAUGACGAUACGAUCAUCAAGGCACCUAUCUCUGGAACGAUCCUUGAAAAACUGGUCGAAGAAGGACAGGUGAUUACUUCACGCCUCUCCUCACUCUCCUCGUCAGAGGGACAGGCGCUUGUCACAAUGGCAGAUCUUGACACCGUCUAUGUCGUAACAGAGGUCGAUGAAACCGACAUCGGUAAGGUGGAGAUAGGGCAACCCGUGACCAUCACGGUCGAAGCCUAUCCCGAUACGCCGUUUCAGGGUGAAGUCUUGAAGAUCGCGCCCCUGGGACAAUCCAUUCAGAAUGUGACGACCUUUGAGGUAACCUCCGAGUUGAAGAAUGUGGAAGCUGCAGGAACACGACAAGGUAUGAGGGGUGGCGGCGGAAGACGGCAAGGUGGUGGUACCCGUCCCGACAUGGCAAAUAUGACGCAAGAGCAACGCGAACGUUUCCGUGCAAUGGGGCAACAACGCCAGGCAGACGGCGGUGCAGGUGGAACGUCAAGACCAGCCUCUCAAGAAGCACCCGCGCAACCGGCACAGGAGCAACCUGUUGCUAAGGCAGAAGAGGCUGAUGAAGACAAUUUAGGUGGACUUUUCGGCGGAUUUUUUGAAGAAGCACCUGUUGCAGAAGCACCGGCUGAAACGCAACAGCCACAGGCUGAAGAUGCAAAGAUACCGUUCCUCAAACCCGGCAUGAACGCCGGUGUCCAAAUCUCGGUUGUUAACAAAAUAGACAUUCUCACCCUUCCUGCGGAAGCGGUCCUUGAUAUGCGAGGCAGGAAAAUGGUCAGAAUUGUUGGUGCAGACGGUCAACCCGGUCGUCCUCAACCGAUUGUAGCUGGGGUUAGCAGUUUUGACAAGAUCGAAAUCGUCUCGGGGCUUGCUGAAGGGGAUGUCGUCGCAAUCGGCGGCUUUACGCCCGGUGAAGGCGGCGGUCGCAGCGAAGCGUGGCGGCAACGCAUGAUGAAUCCCGCUUCCACAAUGCGGCGAAUGACCGGUGGUGGCAGAGGACGUUAG